UCAGCCGAUAUGCCUGGCCGAUAUGCAUGUGACACACCUCGUGACUGUCAGGAGCUUUCAUUUGUGACUGUCUGCAUAUUUCGAAUUUCCGUGUAAGCAGCGCCUGCAUUAAUUCGAGUGGACUGUUAGCAGAAUGGAUCGUCUGGUGGGUUAUCUGUUGCUGGGGUUUGUUUGCACCGCUUUGGGGAAGCAUGGAGAGUUACAAGUUUCAUCUGCGGAGAUGGUAAACACGAUCAACACUUUAAAUGUGGGGUGGGAGGCUACUGUUUACAGGCAGUUUGCAGGUAUGGACUGGGCAGACGUCAAACAUAUGCUUGGCAGUUAUGGUGCAUGGCCCAAAGACUCUCCUCCAAAGGUUCUUAAAAAAGAUGUAGCCAGUGACAUUCCAGACAGCUUUGAUGCACGCCAAAAGUGGCCUGGGUCCAUUCAUGAUAUAAGAGAUCAGGGAGAUUGUGGAAGUUGCUGGGCAUUUGGAGCUUCAGAAGCAUUGUCUGACAGAUUUGCUAUUGUCAGUAACAAUGUAAUUGAUGUGGUGUUGUCGGCACAGCAGCUUGUUGACUGUGAUACAAGAAAUGACGGUUGUGAAGGUGGCUGGCCGUUAUUGGCAUGGGAUUACAUGAAGGAAGUUGGCCUUUUGACUGUGGAUUGUUAUGGUCCAUAUACAGCAAAAGAUGGAGUAUGCAAAUUUAAUGGCACAGUGACAUCUCAGUGCCCUAGUGGUUCUGGAGUGCCAAGGGCUUACCACACAAAAAAUGCAUAUGCUGUGGCCCCAACUGUGGAAGCUAUUCAGACUGAAAUCAUGACAAAUGGACCUGUUGAAGCGGAUUUCACGGUGUAUCAAGACUUUUUUAAUUAUCAGGGUGGUGUGUAUUCACACACAACUGGUGGUGCAGUUGGCGGUCAUGCCAUUAAGAUGCUGGGGUUUGUUUCUUUGGACAAUUAUUUUAUUUGUGCCAAUUCGUGGGGACCUAAGUGGGGAAUGGAUGGGUUUUUCCUGAUUCGCCGUGGUACUGAUGAGUGUGGUAUUGAAAGUGGUGUGACUGCUGGUAUCCCAGCUAUGUGAAAGCUGGCAAACAGAAUUGCUGGCCGUUACUGACUGUGCAGUAGAAUUCCAGGAAUACAAAACAGAAGCUUAAUAGUUUCAAUUAGAAGCUAGUAAAGUAUAAUGUCAUAAUUUAAAACGUUUUUAUAUAUCUAUAUAGUUUUAUAGUAGCGAAAUGCAGUAGAAUGCAUCUAAGACAGAAGCCAUUUAUGUUGUUAUCGUUUUUAUUUUUACAUUUUUAGAAAUUUCUGUAUUUUUUAAGUAAUAAGACAAUUGACUUGUAAGUAGGUAUGCACUGCAAAUAAAAGAAAUCUUGAAUGUUACAGUA